UACAGUUAAAAAAUAUACAUUAUUAAUGAUGGAUACGAACUUUAGCCAAGCUUUUAAAAAGAGAUUGGUAUUUCGAGCACCUUGAUAGUGGGUAUCCAACCUGCGACACCUUAAAAGGAGGCAUCUCUGGAGUCUUGUGCUCUCAAGCCCGUUCUGUGCAGCGGGCCGGCUGUGUCACCUUGUCUGUAUCUUUUCAGAAAGAGAUUUACUCCUCCACAGCCCAGUGCAGGUUGGUGAGGGAAAGGCAAUGAGUGCAGAAGUGGUGGCUGCAGAGCCCGCUGGAGAAGAGAUGGAUGCCCUGUGCCCAGGGCUGUUGUUGCCCACGUCAGGAGAGGCAGGAACCGGAGGAAGCCGGGGAACCUCCAGUGACUGCGUGGCAGGGACGUCCCCGCUGACUGUGGGACAGAGCUUGUUGCUGACGGAUGCGUCCAUGGCUGGGGACGGAGCACAUGCAGAAGCAGCUGAGGUGGAAAUAUUUGUAGAGGCUGUGGCAGGCAACGUGUCUCUGAGCAGUCCAGGCAACGCCACAGAGGUCUUGGUCAAAGUGGUUGAGCUGUAUUUCUGCCAGAGGUGCGGCCAGAGCUUCUCUGACCCCAGCCUGCUGACCCAGCACCAGUGCAUCACGUUAGCAGCCCCCGAGCACCUGGAGCUUCCUGGUCUCCCCCAGCUUCCGGGGGAGCUGCCGGCCCUGCCCAGCGAAUGCAGAGGAGAACCAGCUGUCUGCCAGGAGCUGGCGCAGAGCUCGCCAAGAGACCUUGGCUCCACUGCUGAGCAACUGCUGUGCCCUGUUUGCAGGGGGGAGUUUGUGCUGCCCAGUGAGCUCAAGGAGCAUUUUAAGACCCAUCGCAGCACCCCGGGGGCCUUGACCUGCCCUGAAAAGGGCUGCCACUUCACCCCGGCGGACAGCAAGCAGCUGCGUGGGCACCUGCGCCGCGCCCACAAGGUGUCCCCAGUCUCCUGCGCCUACCGCACCUGCCCGCUCUUGUUCCGGAGCUGCCAAGACAUGAAGCUGCAUCACAGGAGUCACUUCCCCUUCCACUGCGGCCGCUGUGACUUCGUCAGCUCCAACGCCAAGCUCUUCAAGCAGCACACACAGGGCCAUUCGCCGGAGAGCACGGGGGGCGGCGAGCCCCCCGCUGAGACGGGGCAGAUGGAGGCGACCUGCAAGUGCGACUUCACUGCCAUGGCUGGGCAGGUCCCCAGCAAGCCCCUGCGUCUGCGCUGCGCUUCUGGGGAGAUGGUAGAGAAGGCAGAGAAUUCCCUAGAUCAGACCAUCUGGGACGCAGCAGAGCAGGUGGCUGUCCACGGCGAGUCUGGUGGCACCAGGGAAGCGUCUGACGAGGGCCAGAGACUGUCGGCAGAGGAAGAAGACUCUGAGAGCACAGGUGAUGAAUCGCUGGAGGAGGAAGAGGAGGAGAGUGCCUAUGAGGCAGAAGCCAAAAGAGAUGAGAAAGUGGCUUCUAAGAAAGCCAAGGCACCUCGGGCCCAGCAGUUCAAAGGGGACGUAGCGGAGGGUUCCGAAUACCUCUUCAAAACCCACAUGUGCCCGGAGUGCAAACGGUGCUUCAAGAAGCGGACGCACCUGGUGGAGCACCUGCACCUGCACUUCCCAGACCCCAGCCUGCAGUGCCCCAACUGCCAGAAGUACUUCACCAGCAAGAGCAAGCUGAAAAUCCACAUGAUGCGAGAGACGGGGGAGAAAGGUCACCACUGCCCGCUGUGCCACUACAGCUCAGUGGAGAAAAACGCCCUCAACCGCCACAUGGCCAGCAUGCAUGAGAACAUCUCCAACUUCUACUCCGACAUCUACGCCUGCCCCGUCUGCCAGGAGACGUUCCGGCUCAGCCAGGCGCUCAAGGAGCACCUGAAGACCCACAAGGCCGAGCCCAAGAGGCUGAGCUGCUUCCAGGAGGACUGCGGCUACUGCAGCGAAGACCGCAAGGAGUUCAUCCGCCACCUCAAGGAGGCCCACGGCAUCAAAGCGGUGGAGUGCAAGUACCAUGCCUGCUCCCUGCUCUUUGGCACGGCCGAGGCCAUGGAAGCUCACCGCAAAACCCACUACGCCUUCCACUGCCAGCAGUGCGACUUUGUCUGCUCCAACAAGCACAUCUUCCGCAAGCACAAGAAGCAAGGGCACCCUGGCAGUGAGCAGCUUCAGUGUGGUUUCUGCCCCUAUGCCACCUUCAACCCCGUGGAGUUCCACGACCAUGUGGGGAAGAUGCACGCCAACGAGAAGAUCCACAAGUGCACCGAGUGCAGCUUUGCCACGGCGCACAAGAGAGUGCUCAUCCGCCACAUGCUGCUGCACACGGGGGAAAAGCCUCACAAGUGUGAGCUCUGUGACUUCACCUGCCGGGAUGUGAGCUACCUGUCCAAACACAUGCUCACCCAUUCCAACGACAAGAACUACAUGUGCACCGAGUGCGGGUAUGUCACCAAGUGGAAGCACUACUUGAACGUGCAUAUGAGGAAGCACACCGGAGACCUCAGGUAUCAGUGCAACCAGUGUUCGUACCGCUGCCACCGGGCAGACCAGCUGAGCAGCCACAAGCUGCGCCAUCAGGGCAAGAGUCUGAUCUGCGAGGUGUGCGGCUUUGCCUGCAAGCGCAAGUACGAGCUGCAGAAGCACAUGCAGGUGAAGCACUCGCAGAACUACCAGAUGCCCGUCUUCCAGUGCCAGUACUGCAGCUACCAGACGAAGUACAAGCAGGCCCUCCUCAACCACGAGAACUGCAAGCACACCAAGCAGAAGGAGUUUCGCUGCGCCCUCUGCUCCUACUGCACCUUCAGCAACACCAGCCUCUUCUUCCACAAGCGCAAGGCCCAUGGCUACGUGCCUGGAGACAAGGACUGGCUGGAGAACUAUGCCAGCAAGGAGCUGGAGAUCAGCUCGGCAGACGUGCUGCUGAACUACGAUGUCAGCGUGGCUCUGAGGUCCGACUCCAACUCCUCCCUGUCCGGGAAGGAGCUCUGGCAGAAAAGCAAACCCGCUGCUGUGGAACCCCAGCAAGAGGCUUCUCAGCAGGCUUUCGUUGUGCCCCUCUUUGGCCGUGCCACUGGGCAGCUGGGGGGCAGCGCUGAGAUGGCAGGGGAAGAGAGGGGUCCUUCCACCGACAUGGGCCCCCUGGAAGAUUCCCAUGCGCAGGCCUCUUGUGCAAUGGCGGAGGACUCGGGGAUGCUGAAUGAUGCCGGUGACACUGUUGAAAGCUGCACGUUGCACUUGGAGACGCUGGACGUCUCUGCAGACCCUGUGCUGAGGCUCGGGGCCAGCAAGCCUCCAGCAGCCCAGCCAGAGAAUGCAGAUGCCCUGAGCUGCAAGGACUCAGCCUAUGACGUUCUGAGCUCACAGGACACGCUGGUCCUGGAGGAGAACAACAACGGGCUUGAAGACGUCCCUGACUUCGAGGAAGAGCCAGAGGUCCAAGGGCAGGAGAGGCUGGAGGGCAGCACUGGCGGCUUGGCCUGUACCGCGAAUGCAGAAGAGAGCCAUGAAAAGGACACUCAGCAGGGACCUGAGGAUCGCUGUGACGGGCAGUGCUCCAACCUGCCCAGCAUGGCCUCCGAUCCCAACGUAGUGCCAGUGCAAGAGGCCUGGUUUAGCAUCAUAAAGCCAGCUGAGCAGGGCCAUUUUCCUGCCCCCGGAGACCCAGUCUCCCCGUGUGCUGAGGCCAAGGUGGGACCGCAGUCGGAGCUGGUACUGAAAGCUCUCCGGAAGCAGGACAAGGAGCAAGCAGAAACGCUCGUCUUGGAAGGGAGGGUGCAGAUGCUGGUGGUUCAGUCGGAGAGCCAGAUCUUCAAGUGCGAGACAUGCUCCUACAUCACGCGGAAGGAGAAGUCCAUGGCCCUGCACAUCAAAGCUGGCUGCCAGAGCCGGAAAUCCCCGCUGGUGUGCCGGGAGUGCGGCGCCAGCUUUAAGCAGCAGCGGGGGCUCAACACCCAUCUCCUCAAGAAGUGCCCUGUGAUCCUGAGAAAGAACAAGCCUCUGAAGCCAGCCGUUCAGGAGCAGCCUGGCAGUGCAGGCGUGGAGAAUGGCAGAGGAGGCUCAGAGGAUGGGGAAGCGAGCAGCACUCCCGAGUCCCCGUGGGAGCUAGAUCGGGUGCCCGUGAAAGCAUCCUCCAUGAGCAGGCCCUUCCCUGAGGCGCCAUUGGUGGGCAGCCCAGCCCCCAGCAAGGCACUUGAGGAUGCGGCUGAGACCACGGUGGCAGAACCGCCUGUACCAGGAGACCAUGCCCAAGUGGAGGAAGCCAAGUGUCCGUCCCUGCCUGAGAAAUACCGGCUGGAGCAGGGAAAGCUCCACUGCAAUGCCUGCUCUUUCGUCUGCUCCAGGGUCUCCACCAUCAGCUCCCACGUGGAGGAUGGGUGCCGGAGCCUGGAGCAGUUCCGGUGCUCCCUGUGCUCAGAGGCCUUCCGGUCCAGGCGGGCCCUGAAAAGCCACCAGUUGGAAAAGCACUUCAAGCUGGAGUCCUCCCGGCCUCCGGGAAAGGAAGGCAGCGCACGCGCCAGGCCGCUGGAGGAAGGAGCAGCUCCGGAUGGGCCCCGAGAGACCAGCCCAGCUGGCAAAGAGAAGGGCCAGCCCAGCAAGGCCGUGGGCGUGACGGCUGCCAGGAAAGCUGCCCGGUGCAAGAGGCGGCGCUUCUCCUGCCCUACCUGUCCCUUCACCUGCCACCAGGAGCGGGCCAUGAAGACGCACAAGAAGCGAGGCUGCGUCAAGCUGGACGAGUUCCACUGCCCCGCGUGCCCCUUCACCUCCAAGGGGGCCAGCGCCCUGCGGCUGCACCGCAGGCUGCACCGCAAGUACCACAGCAAGCGGCCCCCGCUGCAGUGCCGGCAGUGCGACUUCACCUGCAAGCAGGCCCGCUGCCUCCGCCAGCACAUCCACAUCAAGCACGAGGGGGUGAAGCCCCACAAGUGCCUCUACUGCAACUUCAGCACCACGCGGCGCUACCGGCUGGAGGCCCAUGAGUCACUGCACACCGGUGUGGGCCGGAUCGCCUGCAGUGUCUGCAGCCAGACCUUCGGCACCAACUCCAAGCUGCGCAUCCACAAUCUGCGGGUCCACGAGAAGAAACCCACGCACUUCUGCCACCUGUGCGACUACAGCGGCUACCUGCAGAAUGACAUCACCCGCCACGUGAACAGCUGCCACCGGGGGGAGCUGCAGUUCUCCUGCAUGCGCUGUGAGGCUCGCUUCAGCUCCGAGACAGCCCUCAAGCAGCACGUGCUGCGGCGGCACGAGGAGAAAGUCUCCCACCGCUGCCCACACUGCAGCUUCGUGUGCCACAGCGAGGCCACGCUCAAGUGCCACGCCCAGAAGCAACACCCCCACCUGGAGUGCGGCACCUGCAAGGAGACCUUCACCAGCCGGGAGGCGCUGGAGGAGCAUAAGACUCUGCACUUCAGCCACCGCUGCGACCACUGCAGCUUCGCCGCCAAGGAGCGGCAGCAGCUGGUGCGUCACUAUGUGGAGAGCCAUGAGCCCACUGCAGCGCAGGACAGGCCGCUCAAGUGCCCCUUCUGCGACUUUGCCUGCCACCACCAGCUGGUCUUUGACCACCACGUGAAGGGCCAUGGGGGCACCCGCGUCUACAAGUGCGCCGACUGCGACUACACCACCAAGAACAAGCAGAAGAUCACAUGGCAUAUCCGGAUCCACACCGGAGAGAAGCCAUACAAGUGUCAGCUGUGCAAAUACGCCUGUGCUGACCCCUCGCGCCUAAAGUACCACAUGCGAAUCCAUAAGGAGGAACGGAAGUACCUUUGUCCGGAAUGCGGCUACAAGUGCAAAUGGGUGAAUCAGCUGAAGUAUCACAUGACCAAACACACAGGCCUCAAGCCCUACCAGUGUGACGAGUGUGAGUACUGCACCAACCGGGCCGACGCACUGCGCAUCCACAAGGAGACACGGCACCGCGACGCCCGCUCCUUCAUCUGCGAGCAGUGCGGCAAGGCCUUCAAGACCCGCUUCCUCCUCAAGACCCACCUGAAGAAGCACAGCGAGGAGAAGCCUUACAUCUGCAACGUCUGCUACCGCGGCUUCCGCUGGGCGGCCGGCCUGCGCCACCACUACCUCACCCACACCAACGAGCACCCCUUCUUCUGCCGCUACUGCAGCUACAAGGCCAAGCAGAAGUUCCAGGUCAUCAAACACAUUCAGCGGCACCACCCCGACUGCGGCCCAGGCGACCUCAGCCAAGGGGUCGGCAAGGACGCCAGCACCCCCACGCUGCACCUCCAUGAUGUCCAGUUGGAGCCCCCCAAGCCGGAAGGCGAGGACGGGGUCCAGUCGUCAGGGCAGGGCUAGGCUGGGCUGGGCUGGAGAGAGGCCAGCUCCCCUCGCACUCCGAGCCCGAGAGAGGGCCCAGAGCCAAAUCCUCAUGGGCCUCGCUCGGCGCUACUACAAGUCCCCUUUGGCUAGCUGCAAGCGCAGACCCUGUUUAAAGUGUACGUGUGUGUAUAGGCAAAUGUGUGUAUGGGAUGUAAAAUAUGCAGUUGUAUAAAAGGACUCUCCGAUCUUGUUUC